AAGUGCCUACGUUGGCAUCCUCACAAAUUUAUUCAAAUGUCAGAAUGCAAAAGAGAUUCUUCGGACACUGUAGAAGACAAAGAAUUACAUGAAGCUCAAUGUGUAAGAGACAAGAGUCAUAAUAAUGAGGUUAUAAAAUCCCUUCGCGGAUAUUCAGCCAUGAUGUUCAACAGAAAAGGUAAACACAAAAGAAAGAAGAGCAGAAGCAGUCUGCGAAAUCUCUCCAUAGAGUUCAAAGAAAACGAGAAGUUACCACUGGCAGUGGGUGCAAUUACCAAGAAGUGUGAAGUUUUAGGGUUUGAGGAGGUUUCCAAUGAAUUUACUUGCACAUCGUCGAUUACAGACUCCUAUCAGCGAAACGCUAAUAGAGAAUCCAGGUACUCCUUCCGAAAAUUGGAUGAUGGAACCUUUGCCAUAGAGAGGAAGAGCUCACAUGAACUUAAUCCAGAAAAGUCUGACCUUAAAAACACAAAACGGUCUAAAAAGAUGAGUCAACAGAAAGGACGUUAUGCAUGUACACCCAAUAAAAACUGCUUUAAAAAAAGAAGCAAGACUCAUAGAAAUAGUUCAGAUUCAAAUGACGAUAAACCUAUGUCUAAAAGCUGCACAUCUGAAAAUGAUGGAGAGGGGGAAUGUCCACAGCACGAUGAGUCAAAGUGCAAAACAUGGGCAAGUUUUAAAAAGAUGGUAACAAGGAGAAAAAAAAUGCAUUCUUCCUUAAAAACACAGUCCCACCAGAACUGUCCGCACCCUGAAGCCAACACAAGGAAAAAUUGCAGUCAAUGUGCUUCAAACAAUAAAGGGUUCUCCAAACUAAAGAUUCCAUGCAUGACAUUUUACAGAGGAAAGAAGCCUUCAGAUAGCAUCAGUUCAGCUGAAGAAACAUCUUGUGUUGCAAAACCCUCAAACAUGCAGACAGAAGAGCCAGGAUCUGACUGUGAAAGAAGUGAUAAAGCUUUGGCAAUCAAAUAUAAGUUACAAAGGUCUCUAGAUGCGGAAAAUGGGGAAAUCGUCAGCGAUGUUGUUCAAUGUCCAUGUAAUUCGACAGUAGAAUUGCAGCCUUUACCUAAACAGAAGAAGAGCAUGGAUGAACUUACAGUAAACUCAGAUCUAACACCUGUAGAUAAAGCAGCCAAGGAGAAAAAUGCAUCUAAUGGGGAUUAUGGUGGUAAUUCGGAAGAAAGAGAAAUGGAUCAUCCUUUAGAUGAUCUCAAAGAAGAUUCUAAAGUGAACAUUAACUCUACAGAGGAACAAAUGCUACAUGGUUGUAUGAUAAAAUGUUAUGUAGGUGAAAAACAAAGUCAAGAUACGGUCACUUCUGUACCAAAAGCAGAUGUAUCUCAUGAGGAUAAUCAUAUUCAACCAAUCACAGAAUGCAAGAACAUGGAAAAUACAGAGGUUGCUCAUCUCAGCAAUCUGAUUUACAGCAAAGAUGGGUUAAAUAAUGUCUCUUUGACCAAUGACCUCUCAAAUCACAGUAUUGUAAUCUCAGAUCAGUAUGAGAUUAUGCUAAUGACAACGGCCACUUCUCUCGUGAAUAAGGUUAUUCAGUCAUCCAUUCAGCAGCUAGUGGAUGAAGGAGCUUUUCUCAACCACGCACCGAGCAAGCUCUUACCAAGACCCUUGUUCUGAGGAUCAAAGGUGUAAUCGAUGGAGCGAAGCCAUGCCAGCACCAUGUGUGGUGUCCGAAAUAUUGCUGCUUCUUGUGUUGUGCUUAAUGGGGCAGAACGACUAGUAUUGGCCAUUCAGUAAAUCCAUUGAAUCUCUGAUCCCCAGCAAUCUUUUACAGACAUGCAGGAUAGACACCGUGCUCGUAAAGCAAGUAGAAUUUAUAAACUCUAAAAAUGGAUAAAAACUCAGUGGUUCGACCUUUAACUAGUCAAAGCUCAUGUUUCAUAUAUGUUUUAUCUCACUUGUGCCAUUACAGAGGGUUUUAUAAUUUUGGGGGGGUCAAUCGUUUUAUAUGAAGU